AUGGGAUACACCAUAACGAAUAUAUUGGUCGAGUCGGUGAAUUCAUCUGUAGCGUACAAUUAUGUAGACACCUGGGGCUAUGGUGAUAUGAGAUAUCCGAAGAAACUGAAAGGGAUGAUGGGUCAUUUAGUGAGACAUGAAAUUGAUAUUGGAGCGAAUAUUGUCGCUCUUCUGCAAUCAACAUCUUAUAAUAUUCAAACGUUAUCCGACUUACUAAACUCCGAUAUGGAGCUUGCUGUUGAAGACACUCCCUAUUCGCGUUUCUUUUUCUCAACCGAAACUGAACCAGUUCGGAAGGAUAUUUAUGAAACAAAAAUUGCGCCACCAAAUAAACCACCAAAUUGGGCGAACGCCAGCUAUGGCGUUAGUCGAAUGCGAAAGCGUUUUUAUGCAUUUCAUAUGGAACUAGGUACUGGAUAUAAACAUGUCAAAGAUACAUUUUACGAACAUGAAAAGUGCGGUCUAAUUGAAAUAACAUAUUUACGAGUACUCGAUCCAUGGCAAGCUAUUCCAAAGCAUUCGCCGUACAAAGAAAUAUUUAAAGUAGGGUCAGUAUACUGGAAGAAAAUAUUUUCGGUGAAAAAUGCCGUGAAAUGA